AUCCGAGCUCUCCGCCCGGGGCCGGGGCUGGGGCUGCGUUGGCCGGGAGGGAAGAAGGAAACAGCGGCACUUUGGGUUUCCCCGCCGAGUUGCUGGAGCCUGUUUCUGGUCUGGCAGCUCGCGGCGACCCGGCUCCCCUUGGUGCGGGGGCGGCGCUGAGCCCGGCAGGGGGAGUCGCGGCGGCGCUUUCUCUGCCCCCAGCCCCUUGGUGCCCUGGUUUUUGGCGGGGAGCGGGCGCGUUCCCCCCUAUGGCCAGCCGCCCCCAUGGCUCCGAGCAAAGGGCUGCGGCUGCUCUGGAAGCAGGAGCCGGCUCCGAGCGCCCUGCUCGAGGCGCGCAGCCGCCACGACUGUCUGCUGCUGGAGGCCGGCACCGUGGCCACCCUCACUCCUGAAGAAAAGGAGGCAAUUAAAGGGCAAUAUGAAAAGCUCAUGGAUGCCUAUGGCUGCUUGGGAGAGCUCCGGCUAAAAUGUGGUAACACUCGGCUGCAUUUUCUGGUCCUGGUGACAGGCUGUACAUCGGUGGGAAAAAUCCUGGAUGCUGAAGUUUAUAAAAUCACCGCAACAGAUUUCUGUCCCCUCCAGGAAGAAACCAAGGAAGAGGAUCGUGUUAAUGCCCUUAAGAAAAUCCUGAACUCUGGGAUGUUCUAUUUCUCCUGGCCAAAUGCAGGCUCAAACUUUGACCUGACAGUGCGGGCCCAGAAGCAGGGUGAUAACAACUAUGAAUCUGGUAACUCCUUCUUCUGGAACCAAUUGCUGCAUGUGCCCUUUAAACACAAUCAGGUGAACUGCUCCGACUGGCUGCUAAAAGUGAUCUGUGGCAUAGUGGACAUCCACACUGUCUAUGCCUCUCACAAGAAGGCGAAAGUCUGCCUCAUUUCCCGGAUCAGCUGUGAACGAGCUGGGGCCAGGUUUCACAUACGAGGGGUCAGUGAUGAUGGACACGUGUCUAAUUUUGUUGAGACAGAACAGACAAUUUAUUUGGACGAUGACAUCUCUUCCUUUGUUCAGAUCAGAGGCUCCGUUCCACUGUUUUGGGAGCAACCAGGGCUUCAGGUUGGUUCCCAUCAUCUGAGACUUAACAGAGGCCUGGAAGCGAAUGCCCCUGCUUUUGACAGGCAUAUGAUGCUUCUGAAAGAGCAAUAUGGAAAACAAGUGAUCGUUAACCUGUUGAGAAGCAGAGGAGGAGAGGAGGUACUCAACAGAGCUUUCAAGAAAUUGCUGUGGGCCUCUUCCCAUGCUGCAGACACACCCAUGAUUAAUUUUGACUACCAUCAGUUUGCAAAAGGUGGAAAAAUAGAGAAGCUGGAGAAUUUGUUGAGGCCUCAGCUAAAGUUGCACUGGGAUGAAUUUGGUAUCUUCACAAAGGGGAAGAAUGUACCUGCACGUCUGCAGACAGGUACCUUGCGAAUGAAUUGCCUGGACUGUCUGGAUCGUACGAAUAGCGUACAGUCCUUCAUUGCACUUGAGGUUCUGCACACUCAGUUAGAAAGCCUAGGGCUGAACUCAAAGUCUACAGUUGACCGCUUUGUGGAGUCCUACAAGGCAAUGUGGACUCUCAAUGGUCACAAUCUGAGUAGAGUGUUUACAGGCAGUCGUGCCCUGGAGGGGAAAGCCAAGGUAGGAAAGCUUAAGGAUGGAGCCCGCGCUGUGUCACGCACCAUUCAGUCAAAUUUCUUUGACAGUGUGAAGCAGGAAGCCAUCAAGUUGCUACUCAUGGGUGAUUUCUUCAGCGAGGAACAUGCAGACAAAGGAAAGAUGCUUAUGGACAACACUGCUCUGCUGGUGACUCCCAGUAUUUUGAAGGCAAUGUCAGAGCGUCAGUUUGAAUUCACGCACUUCAAGCGGAUUCGUGUUGCCAUGGGGACCUGGAAUGUAAAUGGAGGCAAACAAUUUAGAAGCAACAUCCUUGGCACCAGUGAGUUAACAGACUGGCUGCUGGAUUCUCCCAAGCUCUCUGGGGUUUCUGAAUUUCAGGACAAUGAGAGCUGCCCAGCUGACCUAUUUGCUGUGGGAUUUGAAGAGAUGGUGGAAUUAAAUGCAGGGAAUAUUGUAAAUACCAGUACAACUAAUAGGAAGAUGUGGGGGGAACAGCUUCAGAAAGCGGUUUCCAGGACUCACCGGUACAUUCUGCUGACAUCAGCACAGCUUGUUGGUGUUUGUCUCUUCAUCUUUGUACGACCUUAUCACGUCCCCUUCAUCAGGGAUGUAGCAAUAGACACAGUGAAAACAGGGAUGAGAGGGAAAGCUGGGAAUAAAGGCGCAGUAGGCAUCCGUUUCCAGUUCCAUAGCACCAGUUUUUGCUUCAUAUGCAGUCACUUGACAGCUGGUCAGUCUCAAGUGAAAGAGAGGAAUGAAGAUUAUAAAGAGAUUACACAGAAACUCAGCUUCCCAAUGGGAAGGAAUGUGUUCUCACAUGACUAUGUGUUCUGGUGUGGUGAUUUUAACUAUCGCAUCGAUCUGACAUAUGAAGAAGUCUUUUAUUUUCUGAAACGACAAGACUGGAAAAGACUCCUGGAAUUUGAUCAACUACAGCAGCAGAAAUCCAGUGGAAAAAUUUUUAAAGACUUUCAUGAAGGCACUAUUAAUUUUGGACCAACAUAUAAAUAUGACGUUGGCUCAGAGGCUUAUGAUACAAGUGAUAAGUGCAGAACCCCUGCUUGGACUGACCGAGUGCUUUGGUGGAGAAAGAAGCUUCCAUUUGAUAAAACAGCUGGAGAGAUCAAUCUCCUAGAUAGCGAUCUGAGUGCUGAAACUAAAGUCAAACACACUUGGACUCCUGGUGCCCUGAUGUAUUAUGGAAGAGCGGAGCUGCAGGCAUCUGAUCACAGGCCCGUGUUAGCUAUUGUAGAAGUGGAAGUCCAGGAAGUUGACGUGGCUGCCCGUGAGAGCGUUUUCCAGGAAGUGUCAUCCUUCCAGGGACCAUUGGAUGCCACCGUAAUGGUAAAUCUCCAGUCACCAACCCCUGAAGAGACAAACGAAUUUCCCGAGGACUUGCGGACUGAGCUUAUGCAAAUAUUUGAGAAUUAUGGCACCAUUGUUCUUGUCAGGAUCAAUCGAGGCCAGAUGAUGGUAACAUUUGCAGACAGCAGGUCAGCUCUCAGUGUUCUGGAUAUGGAUGGUAUCAAGGUCAAGGGCAGAGCAGUGAAUAUCCGGCCUAAGACUAAGGAUUGGCUGAAGGGCUUUCAGGAGGAAAUUGCUCGAAAACGGGAGAGCAUUACACCCAUGUCACCCACAGGGAACUCCUGUCUGUUGGAGGAAAACUUUGAUUUUUCAAGUUUGGACUAUGAAUCAGAAGGUGAUAUACUAGAUGAUGAGGAUGAUUAUUUGGAUGACAUGCUGCCUCAGCACCCAGUAGCAGAGAUGACAGAAGGCUUACCUGAGAGUCCUGAAUAUUUUAUGGUUGUACCCACAGUAACUUCAAGCAAAUCUCCACUGCUUACUGGAGGAAAGCCACGUCCAUAUAAAGAUGAUGCUGACCUAGCUGAAUUAAAGCAGGAGCUGGAAGUAGGUGGGGGGCUUCGCCAUCGGUCUCCAAGCAGAUCUCUGUCUGUUCCUGACAGGCCUCGCCCGCCUCAGCCACCCCAGAGACCUCCCCCUCCAGCUGGAAUAUCUGUCAAAAAAUCUCCAUCCGAUGGUUCCCUCUCCUCAGGUGGCCACACCCUGUGCUCCAUCCUGCAAACGGCAAAGCUUCUCCCAGGGGCGCCUCAGCAACCACCUAAAGCCAGGACUGGAAUAAGUAAGCCUUAUAACGUCAAGCAGAUCAAAACCACCACAGCUCAGGAAGCGGAGGAAGCUAUUAGAUGUCUGAUGGAAGCAAAAGGAGGAACACAAGAGGAUGCUCUGAAUCCUGCUCCAGUAAGAACCCAAACAUUCACUCAGCCUGACUCCCUUCCCAGCAUCACAAAGUCGGCAUCAUUUCAGGGGUCACAACCAGGACCAAUGCUCGUGCCCCAUCGCCCUCCACCCAAAGUUCCGACCGUAAAGAAGCCAGUGCCCCUGCAAAGAACUGGAGUCAAAUCAGAAAAUUCUGUGUGUCCGGAAGAGCAGCUUGACCAGCAGCCUGUCCGCUUUCACAUUGGAUUGUCCGAGUCCUGCCUUGAAACCAAAGCCAUUACCAGUCCCACUAGGAUCGCCCCCGUUCCUAAGCCGAGAACGACGACGCCUGGGAAAGCACCUGAGAGAAGCAGCAGCAGUGACAGGCUGCCUCCCAGCCCAGGCACUUCAGAGGAAAGUGCGCUGCCUCUGCAGAACUCUUUUGCUCCAAAGGUUCCACCACGAAGGAAGAAGUCUGCUCCUGCUGCUCUUCACCAGCAGGUGCUUCAGAGCAGUAACAGUCUGCUUCUUAGUGGCUUAACAUUCAAUUCCAACAACAAUAAUAGUCCUUCUGAGUACAGCCCUCCAGUACAGGACUCUGACAUCCUCCCCGUUACUCACAGAGACUCUGAUCUUUCAGCUCCCACAUCCGCUGCCAGCCCAGACAGCAGUGACACUAAGCACUUGACACCAACUGCUGUGGACUUUAUUACUGACCUUCAAGGCCCUCCUACCCUAGACAUCCAGCAGCCACAGCUGUUAGACACCAAUUCACUAACAGAGAGCGCCAAUCUCCUGGACCUGGACACAGAUGUUUCCUUUCUUUUUUCCACACCAGCAACAACUAGCCCAACACACACUCCGAGAGAUCUGAAACUUCCCAGCCCAAAAGAUUUCAGUCACUGGGUUACAUUUAGUGAUGAUGAAGACAAUGGUACAUUAUCAGAGGGAGUCGGCAAACUGCUGGUCUUAGAGCAAAACAAAGAUACCUGGAUGGACACAAAUGCUAACUUGGAGUUGUGAGAUUUUUUUUUCCCCUUGAUUUUUUUCCCCCUACAGCAAUCUAAUUCUGAUACAAGAUAAAUCUGCUUUGAAUACAGAGUUGUACUAAGUGAGGCAAGGCCACAUUUUAUUUUUGUGUUUAAAAAAUACUAGUAUGAUCUGGGGGGAAUACAAGACGUCAGGCAAUACCUUACCACUUGCAAAAAAAAAUCUUUAGUCUAAAUUAUUUCCCUUUUUCUAAUUCAACUGAAAAGUAAAGUGACAGUUCAGGUACAGAGUAUUUUUUUAAAAGUAUGUGAUGAUGUAUGAAGACAACAAGAAAAAAGUUUAUAGGUAUAAUUUAUGUUUCAAAUAAUUUCUAACACUUAAAAUAAAGACUUGUCUACAUGGUAAAAUUUACCAGCAGAACUACCGCAGUAUAAUUAUACUACUACGCUAAUUCAGAGGGAAUAGUGUCCCCAGGAGAAAUUAUCCUGGGAUAACUUUAGCAGUAUAAUUACACCACUAAAAUUCGGAUGGUAAAGAUGCUGUAGACAACUCUUAUGCUGCAUCUCUUUCAUGUGAUUUACAACUAGCUGCAGGUUCUGUAAUCUCCUGGUAUAAGCCUGCUGGCUAAAUUCCUCAAUCCUUGGCCAUUAUUGUUAAGUAAGAAGGGUGGAGAGAUGUGGGGUGGAGAAUGUUAUGGAUUAGGUGCUAUUUUGAUGAACAUGCUUGUUUUUAAUCUCAACCAUGCAAAUGCACACAGAUAUGAUGGGCUCCUUAUCAGUGCCUGUGAUACUAAUAAUGAUACACUUAUGAAAAUUAUUCUAGCAGCUCAUGUUUUCUUUCAAUGCAUCCUCUCCUCUGCGUUCAGAUUUAACUGGUUCUGUUCUGUUCAAUGCAGUCUAAUGCUAAAUGACUUGCUAUCCAGUUAAAAGGCACAUGGACAAUGACUGUCUAUAACUUUGGAAGGGACCGUGCAGGCAACCUGCUGGUAAACAUUCCAAUUGUCUGUGUACUAUAUGUAUAGUCACUGAUAGACUCCUGUGGAAGUACACUAGAUGUUUGACCACUACUCCUACCUUUGCUCCCCUCUGUUUCUUUGCAAGGAAAUAACAUGCUACUAAUGAAAUAAUAAAUGAUGAGAAAAGGGCUGUCUGUAUGUUUACAUGAGUGCUACGCUGGUCCGGCAGUAUUCAGCAUGAGCAAGAGUAGCAGAAUCUAGUCCUAGCAUGGAAAGGUGGUUUACUAAUUUCUACUCACUAAUGGUAAAGGUGUGUGCUGGCCCCUGGAGAGCAUACAGGUGCACCUUCCUUAUUCACCUGUGCUGAACACUUGUACUCAGUUUAGCAGGUGUAAGGCAAUUAAAGCACUAUCUGCCAUUUGGAAAUGAACCUUUAGCACCUACAUCAGGGACAGGCAAAUCUGAGAAACCGUGUGAUAGCACCAGUUGUCAAGAAUUAUAUUCCAUUAAGAAAAUGGUAAAGGGAGACGGUUAACCUUUUAUUUAAGGGAGCUACUCAAGGGGAACUGAGAGGAAACCAGAAAAUAAGGCUAGGAGCAAACUUGGAAGUGGAAUGCUCUAUACAGACUUGUCUCCCCAGAUAUUGUCAGAUUACUGAGGCAAUGAGUAGAAUUAAAGGACAUUGAGAUUUCAG